CCAUACGUUAGUGGUCCAAAAGUUCAAUGACUGUCAGUGUAAUUGAUCCAGAAAAGAAAUGUAUGGCAAGAAAUGAAAGUUAGUGAUAGAAAAUACAGGAAUUCCCUCCAAAACCGUCGUCCACAAAAUUCCAGCCAGUGCCAAUUGUAAUGCUCUGAAAUCUGCAUUUCCCUUCCCACACAGUCACCGCAGAAAAUGGUUUUGGCGGCUCCUCUCCUGCCUUCUUCUUCUCUUUUACUUCCCACUAGAACAACUCAAGUUUUGGCGGACUUCAGUAACAGAGGAACAACUGCAACCACAAUCAGAACAAGAAUCAGCAGCAGCAGGAGUUUAACGGUCAGAGCGAGCACCGCCCAGAAUCCCAAAGACGACGACGACGAUGCGACGGCGGGAUUCAACCCUUUUGGAUUCGUUACCGAUAACCCUUCCAGUCGAGCAGCGAUUCAGCUCCCUCAAGUCCCUGCCGAGGAUGGAAAUGUCGGCCAGAUGCUCUACCGGAUAGAAGACAAGGGGAGGGAGUUCGGGAAGUACGUCGUGGCAGGGCGGGAGAGAUUGAGGUGGUUUGUCAGAGAAACUGGAUCGCCUGAUACUCGAAGGGGAACAAUUCUCUUCCUCCAUGGAGCUCCAACACAAUCUUUUAGCUACAGAGUUGUUAUGUCUCAGAUGUCGGAUUCCGGGUUCCAUUGUUUGGCACCGGAUUGGAUUGGAUUCGGUUUCAGUGACAUGCCACAGCCUGGAUACGGAUUUGAUUAUACAGAAAAGGAGUUCCAUGAGGCCUUGGAUGACUUGCUUGAAGAAAUGAAAGUCAAAACUCCUGUAUUCCUUGUUGUUCAGGGAUUUCUUGUAGGUUCCUAUGGAUUGACUUGGGCUUUGAAGAACGCAAGCAAGAUAUCGAAACUCGCAAUUCUCAACACCCCACUGACUGUUUCAUCUCCUGUUCCUGGGUUACUUAAACAGCUAAGGAUUCCACUCUUCGGUGAAUUCACCUGCCAGAAUGCUAUCAUCGCUGAGCGGUUUAUUGAAGCAGGUAGCCCCUAUGUUCUGAAGUCAGAGAAGGCUGAUGUCUAUAGAUUACCAUACCUCCGCAGUGGUGGACCCGGAUUCGCAUUGCUGGAGGCUGCAAGGAAAAUUAAUUUCAACAAUGUUCUAAGUGAGGUAGCCAGUGGCUUGACUUCUAAAAGUUGGGACAAGCCAAUACUCGUUGCCUGGGGAAUGGCGGAUAAGCAUCUGCCGCAGUCUGUGGCAGAAGAGUUCCGGAAAGGGAAUCCUGGUAACAUCAAGCUUAAGUUGAUUGAAGGAGCUGGGCACAUGCCACAAGAAGACUGGCCUGAGAAAAUUAUUGAAGCUCUGAGGCAGUUCUUUUAUUAAACAUUGAAAUGCAUCGAGGCACUGGUGGUGCUGCGUAUUACAUCAUAGAGGAAAUUGGGCGUUCGCAGCUGAAACUGGAAAAGUGGCAGAUAUGCUCCUACAGGACAUUCUAUAGCCAGGAGGAAGUCUGAAUUUGCUGCUGCUCUGGAUGUUGCAGGAUGGCAAUAUAAGGGAAGGAAGGUACACAGAGGAAAACAAAAGGGUACAGCAUUGGUAAAUAAACAUACGUCGAUUUG